GAAUGAGACGUGACAGCACAACUAUCAAAAUCAACUUCGUUCGUUCAGUAAAACCUUUCAAAUUAAAAAUGGCGAGCCGCGGUGGGUCUGCUCGACGUAUUCCUGAAAAUGAAGCCGCAAUUACGUACGUUCAGUGCGAUGGACUGGCGGUAAUGAAAAUCCUCAAGCACUGCCAUGAAGAAUCAUGCAGCAACAUGGAGGUGGCGCAGGGGGCCCUGCUCGGGCUGGUGGUGGAGAACCGCCUGGAAAUCACCAACUGCUUCCCGUUCCCCAAGCAUGAUGACACCAUGGAUGAGGAGGAGUACCAGCUGGCCAUGAUGAGGAGGCUGCGGAGGGUCAAUGUUGACCAUUUCCAUGUUGGAUGGUACCAGAGUGCCGAUGUCGGUAACUUCUUGAGCCUGUCCCUCCUGGAGUCACAGUACCACUACCAGACCUCCAUCGAGGAGAGUGUGGUGGUCAUCUACGACACAAAGAAGUCCGCGCGCGGCUUCCUCACGCUGAAGGCUUAUAGGUUAACGCCUCAGGCCAUUCAAAUGUACAAAGAACAAGACUACACCCCUGAAGCUCUCCGCAACCUGAAGAUUGGCUACGAGAGCCUGUUCAUCGAGGUCCCCAUCGUUAUCCGCAACUCCCCGCUCACCAACAUCAUGAUGUCCGAGCUCUCGGAGAUGAUACCGGAGGAGGAGGGCUCCAAGUUCCUGGAUCUGGGCACUGCUUCAGUAUUAGAAGGUCAACUCCGCAGCCUAAUGGAGCGUGUGGACGAGCUGAACCAAGAGGCCAUCAAGUUCAACCGCUACCAGCAGCUGGUGGUCCGCCAGCAGCAGGACAAGCACCGCUGGCUGCUCAAGCGCGCCCAGGAGAACGCUGCUCGUGCUGCCAAGGACGAGCCACCCCUACCCGAAGAAGACGUGAACAAGCUGUUCAAGCCGCACCCCGUGCCGCUCCGCCUCAACCCCAUGAUCGUGGCCGGCCAGAUCAACACCUACAGCCAGCAUAUCAGCCAGUUCUGCUCGCAGAGUCUGGCCAAGCUCUACGUCACACAAGCUCUGCAUAACGCGAAGGACACUAAGCAGAACAACUGAUUUUGUAUUUGGAAUUAAAAUGUUGAGGUCUCAAA